AUGCGUGGGGCUCCAUCCUGCUUGUGGGCACUGUGGUUUGCCCUGUCACUGGCCGCGUUAGGGAUGUCAGACCCGGCCAUCCGAUGCCCCAUUUGCACGGAGGAGAAGCUGGCCGCGUGCCGCCUGCCGGAUGGGUGCGAGGAGACCGUGAGGGAGCCGGGGUGCGGGUGCUGUCCUACCUGCGCCCUGCCCAAAGGAGCGCACUGUGGGGUGUACUCAGCCCGCUGUGGUACGGGUCUCCGCUGUUACCCGCCACGGGGGGUGGAAAAACCUCUGCACUCGCUGAUGCACGGGCAGGGGGUCUGCACGGACGAGCGCGAGCUGGAAGACAACUCUGCGCUGGAGCGGCAGGAGGAGAUCAUUCCUGAGCAUCCGAACAACAGUAAUAUCCGCUGCAGCCCACAAGACAAGCGCUGCAUACAGAAGACCCUGGCCCGACACCCGUCUAAAUCCUCCAACCAGAGAAACAUGGGCAGAGAGGAGGCCAAAGUCGUGCUGGCUCCGUGUCGCGCUGAGCUGCAGAGGGCUCUGGACAGACUGGCUUCCAACACUCGCACCCACGACGACCUCUUCACCAUCCCCAUCCCCAACUGCGACAAGAACGGAGACUUCCACACCAAACAGUGCCAUCCUGCUCGCGACGGACAGAGGGGCAAGUGCUGGUGCGUGGAUCCAAAGACCGGGCUGCGGAUCCCGGGACCCCUGGAGCUCCGGGGGGAUUUGGACUGCCACCAGCUCGCAGCCGUACUGAGAGACUGA